CAACAAACUAGAAGAAAAUAGAGGAGUUCCAAACGAACUAUAUUGUAAAUCAUUCAGUUUCAAAUCAAACUUUUCCAUAUGUGUAUGAUCUACAAUUAUGAGAAAUGGGAGUUUCGAAUGUUUCAUCGGAUCGAAACUAAUUGAUUUGGGAAGAAAAUUUAUUGGCCAUUGCUCUUAAGUUGAAAGUUAUCUUUAUAACUGUGAUUUGUUCACUCAUUCAUGAAAAAAUAAGUCACACUUCGUUUAAAUUAUACUAAAGAGAUACUAAAAGAAAAAAAAUCAAAUGGCUUUUGAAAAUGUCUUGUUAUUUAUUUGUGAUCUUGAUUUUUCAUGGUUGAAUGAAUUUGAAAAUUUCAACAGUCAAUCAGAUUGACGGAGGUAGUGCUAAAAACGGUAAUGUGUACCGAAAACCACAUUGACCAUUCGGGAAAAAAAAUUCAGCAAAACCAUGCUUAGUGAGGCUAAAAGUUAAUGGUAAAUUGAUGGUUUUCUUCUCAAUCUGUAGUUAAUAACUGAUAAUUUAUUUUUAUUACACAUUGAUAGUAUUCGUUAGUCAUUCCAAAUGAAAGCAUGUAGGGAAUUUACUCAGUUCACCAAAGUACACGUUUGGAUUAUCCUGAAACACCUCGUCAUUCAGAACCAAUUGUAACACCUGUUUGUGCUAUUUUUAAUUUCUUUUGACUGAAAUGGAGUAAUCAACAAGUUGCGUCAGCGACAAAACAGUGUCUACAGAUAUUUCCGGAAAAAAGACCGUUAUGGGUUUUUUGCUUUAGUUUGUAACAUGCGUAUAUUUUUUUCCGUUUUAACUUAAAUUACUGGAAUAUUUCAUAGUUGACAAGAAACAGAGAAGAAUGGAAACGAUAACCAUGAAAAAUCAAAUCAUGGAAACAAUAUUAUAAUAAAAUAAUUAUGGACAGAGAAAAAUUCAAACUCUAUAAAAUUAUUUAGCGAUUGUUUUACGCAUAAAAUGCAAUUGACGUUACUGGUACUAGUUUUAUUAAUAAUUCCGCUUAAAGGACAAGGAAAGAAGUCCAAGUUAAAGGGAACCAGAUGGUGGUCACUUGCAAACAUUGGCCAACCAUCAAACGAUUUGCAUUCUAACACUCAACUUUACAACAGCCCUAGUCUUCUACCUCUUACUAAACGACAGAGGCGACUUGUUUCUAAAAACCCAGGAACUAUUUUGGCGCUAAUGAGUGGCGCCCGGAUGGCCAUAGAAGAAUGUAAAUACCAGUUCCGGAACCGCCGCUGGAACUGUCCGACACACGACGACAGCCACGGUGGACCUAUCUUUGGAAAGAUUUUGCAGAAAGGUUGCAGAGAAACUUCUUUCAUUUAUGCAAUUACAACAGCAGCUGUGACACAUUCAAUUGCACGGGCAUGCGCUGAUGGAAGCAUACUCACGUGCAAUUGUGAUUAUAGUAUGAGAGAACCAUCAGCAAAAGCGGACUGGGAUUGGGGAGGUUGUAGUGAUAAUGCUAAAUUUGGACAUAAAUUUUCUAGAAAAUUUGUGGAUGUUCUAGAGAAAGGAAAAGACUUUAGAUACAUGUUAAAUCUACAUAAUAAUGAAGCAGGAAGAGUUCAUGUAUCAAAAGUUAUGAAGAGAGAAUGUAAAUGCCAUGGCAUGUCAGGAAGUUGUACAAUAAAAACGUGUUGGAUGAGGCUACCUACAUUUAGAAAUGUGGGAGAUAAACUAAAAGAUAGAUUCGAUGGUGCUACAAAGGUCGUUUCUGGUAAUGACGGAAGACGUUUGCCAAAAGAUAAUAAUGGAAGUGUCCGGCGGAAAAAGAAGAAAGGAAAAGGGAAACUUCGGAGAAAUAAGUUUCGUUUCGAGCCAGUAAACUUUAAUCAUAAGCCUCCUGGUCGGAGGGAUCUUGUUUAUUUUGAAGACUCUCCUACGUUCUGUGAUAAAGACACAUCGAUAGAUUUCGAAGGAACUAAGGGGAGACAAUGCAAUGCUACAUCCAUAGGAAUUGAGGGUUGUGACCUCAUGUGUUGUGGGCGUGGUUAUACCUCGAGUGAAUAUACUGUGAAGGAACGUUGUAGUUGUAUAUUUCAUUGGUGUUGUCACGUAAAGUGUGAGAUUUGCACAAGAAAGAAAAUACGGCAUAUGUGUAACUGAGUUUUGGUUGUUGGAUAGAGUAAUUUAUACGAUUUAUUUAAUGCAUUUACUAAACGUUUUGGUGCUGUACAUUUUGUAAAUAGUUAUAAUCAUAUAUACGUUUGAUUAUACAAUGAAACUUAAUUUCUAAUUGUGAAACAAUGUGGCCAUAUAUUAAUGUAUCUACAUAUAAGAAAUGGCCAUGCUACAUGUAUGUAUAUUUUGUGGUCAAUGAAAUCAAGGUAUUGAUAAAAAAUUAAAGGUAUCCUUAUCGUACUGAAAAUGAUAAAAACCUAUUGUUUAUUAAAAUUUCCCAUGUGUUCCUACGUGAUAUGCCAUUUGAAUUAACCCAAUUGGGUUUUAGGAAAUUUGAUUUUGGUAUUUUGUACCUUUGAUAUUUUAUUUAACAAAUAAAAGGAUGAGACGAAGAGAUUUUUUUUUAGAAUUAUGCUAAAAUAGUGCCUUCAUUUCUGUAAAUUUGCUAAGAAAGUAAGAAUUAUACCUUAAUAAAUUGCUGCGAAAUUCGAAAAGUAAUAGGACUAAAUGCGAAAAAAUGUAUGAGUGAAAAUAAGAUGACUUCAUUUGUAGUCAUUUCAAUAAAAAUGUUUCAAUUAUAGUAAUAAUUUGGUAAGAGUUUAAGAGAUCAGUUUAACAGGUUCCGUUAGAGUUUUAUUGAUAACAUGAUCAGUUAAACGAAUCCGUAAUGAAGUUUGGUCAUCAUUUGGUCAUGAUAUUUCUUAAGAUUCAAUGAUCAUAAACAAAGGACAAUGUAUCACAUAGAUAGAAAUUCAUUCAUAAGCAAGAUAUACACAACAAACUUAUUAUAUAAUUAUACUUCCAUUUCCUGUUAUUAUAGUAGAAUUGGUAAAUGCGAAUGAUAACUUUUUGGAAAAAAAUUCUAAAAAAAGGAAAUCAUCUAAAAAAUUCCGAAUUAAGCAGAGGGAUGGAAUUUGCCAUAGUUGCCUUUUUCUAUGUUUAUAGUGUUGUUUUUUUUCCUUAUAAAUCCAUUAGUUAUGUUUAUACUUUUUGUCGCUCAUACUUUACAUAUGAUUAAAUUAUUGUAUUUUCAUACUUGUAUGCAUGACAUUUCUUUCAUUUUAUAUUCAUUACCUUUUUAUUUAAUAGACGUUUUGAAGUCAAACUGACAAUGGGUUUCACUACAAUUCACUUUCAUUCUUAAAUAUUCAUUUUUUUUGGUUUUAUUUGCCUCUUUUGGAUAACAACCCCUCUAUGAUUGGUAGAUUUCACAAGAUAUGCAUCUGUUUCAUCUGUUGGUGCAAUAAUUGGAGUAAAAACAUUUUUAUAAGUAACUCGGUACUAGAAUAAACGGAUAUUGUGUUAUCCAAUAUGGUGUUUCAAAAUUUUGAAAAAAAGGAAUAAAAAUGAUUCCUUGUAUGGCUUUGGCUAUACCUUUUGCCCUUUUCGAAUUAUAAGCCUUUAAAGUUUUAAUAAAUUAAUGAUUUUCAAAUACUUUGGCCUCAAGCAUCACCGAAGAGACAUUUAUUUUUGAAAGGCGCAUCUGGUGCAACAAAGUGCUGUUAAUGUUAUGAAUAAGAAAUACCAUAUUCAACCAAAUGCUAUACAGAACUGGGGCUGUUUUGAAUGUACAGCGUCAAGUCAAAUAUACCAAACAAUAAAAGGAAGCCAGGAAGGGAAAACUCGUACUUUUAGAUAACAUGCCAUACAUAUAAACGUUUUUUUUUAACAUAAAAAAAACUUUCAUAUGACCUUAGUUCAAGUAUCUCCUCGAAAAAAAAUCCUAAAUACCCGGUUUUUGAAAGAUUGGCAGUAAAUUUGAAACAAAACAUCUGAGAGGUGGUUGGUCAAAUCGUUUAACGGUUUAUUCAAUUGCACAAUUGAGGUGACCGGAAAAGGGAGUUAACCAGCAUAUGGUAACAACUAUGUUAAUGGUCAAAGGAAGACAACUCUAUCGUCCUUGUCAUGUGCAAACCAAAUAUUGAAUUUUAAGUUGUUUCUCUGUUAACUGUUCUACAGAAAAUAUACUUGAUGGAAAUCAAUAUUAGAAUGUAAAGUGAACAAUGGAAUAAAAUCCUCAGAUUUGCAUUUUUUCACGACCAUGCCAUUAUUAUCUAAUUCGUUCACCUUAAUGUAGAUACGUGUGUAGGACAUUGUUUCAUUGUUGUGCUACCAAAACAAAUACCGAAAUUUUGAUGAUUUGAUGAAAUAUGACUUUAAGUACUGUUAAUAUGGAAAGAAGAUACUCGUCCAUUGCACAACUCUAUGUGUAAAUAUGAUGCAUUUAUAUUUUAGUUAUCUUUGAAAAAUUCUAAUUUCACAUUUUUAUAUUUCUUAUCUUAAUUGUUUUAGGGUACAACUGAUUUAUCUUCGGGUUCAAACAUUCAUCAUUUAUUUAAGUUAUUUAUUUUUCCCUCAAUAUAAUGUAUAAGAUGUGUUAUUUGUUCUUCUUAUUGUAUAGCAUAAACCUAUUGUAAAAGUAUCAUAUCUUUCUUUUAUUGUGUAUUUUACUAUAUACAUUUUUUGUAAGUAUAACAAACGAAUAUAAAGUACUCAGCGGCCAAUUAAAAUAUCAAGUCUAUAAAGCACACAUUGUCAUAGCCGAAAUAAAACAGCCAAAUACUUGUACUGAUAAUAAAAUUUCAGAUUGUGUACCAAUUCAAACCUUGGGAUAUCUGUUACAGAUAAGUUAAACAUUCUUGCAUUUUCAACAUUGUUGAAUUCAAUUAAAAAUUUACAUCAAAUAAGUAUCAAGUCAUAAGUUCAAAGGUACCUUCAGUUAUGAAAUAACAGGAAUAAUCAGAGGUCAGAACAACACAUUAAGAGGGGAAUGCAUAAUAUUUGCGUGUUCCUUUCGAAGAUUAUGUAAAAGCAAAAAGUCAUGUUUUGCUUCCGUUAAAUUCUUUUUUUUCUGCAUUAUCUUGCCAUCUGUUGUUUUCUAUUUUUAGAAUAAAAUUACUGUCUACAUUCAUUGAAA